CGCGGGCGGGUGGAAGCGGGCGGCGCGGCCUGGGUCCCGGGUCCCGCGCCCCCACGGGCCGGCCUGGCCAGGGAGCCCGGGGCGGGGCGGGCGGACGGGCCCGGGCGGCGGAGUCGGUCCUCGGGGCUCCCAUGUUGGCGGCGGCGGCCCCCAACGACUACGGGCUUGGCCCCAACGUUCCGCCAGUUGCCCGGGCCGCGGGACUCGGGACCCUCACGGAGGGACGGGCGCCCGGUGCGUCCCUCUGCCCGGGCCGCGGGCCCCUGGCGCAGGGGGGACGGGACGUUGUGAGCAUGUCGGGGAUCGCCCUCAGCCGACUCGCACAGGAGCGGAAAGCGUGGAGGAAGGACCACCCAUUUGGCUUCGUGGCUGUGCCCACCAAGAAUCCCGAUGGCACCAUGAACCUCAUGAACUGGGAGUGCGCCAUUCCGGGCAAGAAGGGGACGCCAUGGGAAGGAGGCCUGUUUAAACUACGGAUGCUCUUCAAAGACGACUACCCGUCCUCACCGCCAAAAUGUAAAUUUGAGCCGCCGCUCUUCCACCCGAACGUGUACCCCUCCGGCACGGUGUGCCUCUCCAUCCUGGAGGAGGACAAGGACUGGAGGCCCGCCAUCACCAUCAAGCAGAUCCUGCUCGGCAUCCAGGAACUCCUAAACGAACCAAAUAUCCAAGACCCCGCUCAAGCAGAGGCCUACACGAUUUACUGCCAAAACAGAGUGGAGUAUGAGAAAAGGGUCCGAGCACAAGCCAAGAAAUUCGCGCCCUCAUAAGCGGCGGCGGCCUGUGGCAUCGUGAAAGGAAGGGAUUGGUUUGGCAAGAACUUGUUUACAACACUUCGCAAAUGAACGUGGCUCUGUACAGUCCUGGUCACUGUGGGGCGGCGCCAUUCCCACUUCGUCGCUGAGCGCCGGGUUCACACAGGGUCUCUUCCUUCAGCCUUUUGUAUUUCUGAUUGUUCUGUACAACUUGCUUUCAUUUUAAUAUUGCUGUCAGUAUUUCCACUGCUGUACAACGAUAAACUUUUAUACUUGGUGAGUGAGGCACGGCCCUCACUCAUUCCCUCGCUCGUGCCGGCAUGCCCCACGCUGUCCGAGACCCACCCGCCCCGCUCUUCUCCGCAGAACCCGGCUUGUUGCUUCGAUCCAGAGUCGGCCAGCAUCUCGAUCCAUACCACUUCCUUUGUGUUUAUCUGGCGUUUUGUCUGUGUUGCUGUUUAGAGUAAAUAAACUGUUUAUAUAAAGGUC